CUCUGUAACUUUCUAUUCAAACGAGUGCAGGAGUGGAUCUCCAUUUUUGCCAAGAAAGUCGCCCUCCAUGGUUUGAGCCAUCCACUAGCAACAAUGGCAUCCGCUGCCCGAUUGAUUAGCAAGAAGAAAGAUCAAAAAACCCUUGCAAUAUGUCUGGUGCCACUCCUCAUUUUCUUCGCUCUUGACAUCAUUCUCACCAUGAUUUUUGGAUCGUUCGAUCCGAACCCGACAAGGAUCGAAGAUUUUGACGUGGAAGAUGAUGAAGAAGGGAGUUGGGAGAGCCCGGAGCCCACAUGGUCAAUCACCUGCGAUCGGUCCCAUUUCGAGUACGAUCUCUGCUACAUCAACCGUCCAUUUCUCUUGGAUCCGACGGCCGGGAUUUUGUACGCGGUGGACCCCACCAACUCUACCCCACCAUUGGUGGAAAAGAUACGGCCUUACCCGCGAAAGUGGCAACAAGACGCAAUGGAAAAGGUCAAGGAGCUCACUCUCUCCGCGACCCCACCCAACUCCCGGUGCGCCGUGUCGCACUCUAGCCCUGCCCUGGUAUUCAGUGCGGGCGGGUUCUCGCCGAACGUGUUCCACACCUUCAACGAAGGGUUCAUCCCGCUCUUCAUCACCGUUGAUUCAUUGUUCAGGAACCGUGACGUCAUCUUGGUUAUGAUCGACGGCUCUGACCGGUGGAUCGAGAAGUACGGAGAUCUCUUUCCGCGCUUCACUCGCCACCCGAUCAUCAAUCUCGACAAGGAGACCGUCGUCCAUUGCUUCCCGUCGGCCGUCGUCGGACUGAUCUCCCAUGGCCAGAUGACCAUCGAUCCGACGAUCCAACGGGGCCCAAAGCCCAAGACGAUCCUCGAUUUCACCGCCGUGCUGGAGGCGACCUACGGAGAAAUUCGCCGCCGUGCGUGGCGGAAGCCGUCGCGACCGAGGCUUGUCUGGAUGAGCCGGAGCCACCACCGUUUGGUGCUAAACGAGAAAGACGUGGUUCGAGCGGCAAAGAACAUCGGGUUCGACGUCGUCGUCUUCGAGCCGACGGAGGCGACGCCGAUGCGCGAGAUAUUCAGGGUUAUCCAUAGCUGCCACGCGAUGGCGGGAGUCCACGGCGCCGGGCUGACGUACGAGCUGUUUCUCCGGCCGGGGGCGGUGAUGAUGCAGAUUGUGCCGAUAAGGAACAGUUGGCUGGGGGAUAUAUGUUAUGGAAAAGUGGCGAUUCGGCUGGGUCUGGAGUACAUUGUGUACGAUGUCGCCAUUGAAGAGAGCAGCUUGGGAGGGACAUACCCGAGGGAGAUGCUGGAUCCGAACGAUCAAGGCGGGAUGCUGACGAAUGAAGGGUGGCAUAGCUGGGACAUAUACAUGAACCAGAACGUGACCUUGGACAUGGCGAAGAUCACCAGGUACCUGCAGAGGGUUUAUGAGAAAGCUAGGGUUUUUAUGGAGAAACCUUAGGCCACAAACAUCACAAAUUCAAAUUUGGUUUAGGAGCUUUCUACAAAUUAGUUUUUAUAUUUUAAUUUAUUUUUUAUCCUAAUAAUUACAAUUUUAAUGUUAUUAUUAUAAUUUAAUUUCUUAUUUAUUUUUUUAAAAAAUUAUAAUGUGUCAUACGUAAACUAAAGAAAAAUACAAAAAUACAGAAAUGGCGAUUGCCAGCCGUCGUCGUGGGUAAUGAUUUUUGGAAAAUUCACACUAUUUUUCAUCCUCACUCUGGAUAGAAAACUUGAC